AUGGCACCGGGAAUAACAUUUCUUGCUAUUCUCUGUACAGUCGCCGUUUUUCUUCCAUGGACUCUGGAUGUCGGAGAAGGCUACCAAAUGACAACAGAGCCAACUGAAAAUACAGACACAUUUGUAACUACAAAACCCAAUGUAAAUACACAACCUUAUGUAACUACAAAAUCCAGUGUAACAACAGAACCCAGAGUAACUACAGAACCCAAUGAAGCUACAGAACCCAAUGUAAGUGCAGAACCCAAUGAACCUACAAUACCCAAUGUAACUACAGAGCCCACUAUAACUACGGAACUCAAAGUAACUACAGAACCCAUGACAACUACAGAACCCAUGGUAACUGCAGAAUCAAUGGUAACUACAGGACAAAAUGUAACUACUGAAUCAAUGGCAACUACAGGAUACAAUGUAACUACAGAACCCAUGGUAACUACAGGACACAAUGUAACUACAGAAUCCAUGGUGACUACAGGACACAAUGUAACUACAGAACCCAUGGUAACUACAGGACACAAUGUAACUACAGAACCCAUGGUAACUACAGGACACAAUGUAACUACAGAACCCAUGGUAACUACAGGACACAAUGUAACUACAGAAUCAAUGGUAACUACAGCACACAAUGUAACUACAGGACACAAUGUAACUACAGAACCCAUGGUAACUACAGGACACAAUGUAACUACAGAACCCAUGGUAACUACAGGACACAAUGUAACUACAGAACCCAUGGUGACUACAGGACACAAUGUAACUACAGAAUCCAUGGUAACUACAGGACACAAUGUAACUACAGAACACAAUGUAACUACAGAACCCAUGGUAACUACAGGACACAAUGUAACUACAGAAUCAAUGGUAACUACAGCACACAAUGUAACUACAGGACACAAUGUAACUACAGAACCCAUGGUAACUACAGGACACAAUGUAACUACAGAACCCAUGGUAACUACAGGACACAAUGUAACUACAGAACACAUGAACAUGUAA